GCUCGUAAAAGUUCCUGCUUUGAAUGCAAGUGAGGAUGGUGGGGACCGGUUUCGGAAAUCUGAUUUAAAACUCUCCGCUCCUCCACUUCCUUGGGAUCCUUCGUUUGGGAAUGCCGAUGCGUGUCGCGGUUUGCAGCAAAGCGGUAACCUGUUGGUUGGUGCCGGUUGUCUCUUCCACGCAUCCCAGCAACUUAUUUUUUUCCUAAGGAGGACCGCGAAACGCUAUGGGAAAAUAGCAUUAAGCUGUGCCGCUCCGAUAUUUUUUUGUCAUUGUUAGACUAAAGGCAGGGAAAUGGCUCUACAGUUUUGGCAUUUACCUCGUGGGGUUAUCUAUAAAGUUUAUCUUAAAGAAAAUCGUGUUAUAAAGAGAAAUGUGGAUGAACAACUAAGAAUUAAGACAGUAUAUGACAAAAGUAUUGAGGAAUUGCCACCUGAAAAAAAGCACCUUAUAAAGAAUAAGCUUUUCCCGCAAGCUAUUUCCUAUUUAGAGAAGACAUUUCAAGUACGGAAACCUACUGGUACCAUUCUAUUAAGCAGACAGUGUGUAACAAAUGAAUAUUUAAGGAAGAAAGAUGACCCUCACCGAUACUGCCGAAAAGCAUGUGCAGAAUAUACAAAGUGUGGUCCAGUCACAGUUCCUGAGGAACACCUUCAGCAAUGUAGGGCGUGUAAUGAAAUGCUGGAUUGUGGACCUGUUGGUGUAAGAGACCAAGAAGGGGUUCGAGAUGCUGACUUCGUGUUAUAUGUUAGUGCUCUGACUACUGAAAGGUGUGGCCAAGAAAAUAUUAUUGCAUAUGCAGCAUACUGUCAACUAGAAGCUGAUAUGGACAGACCAAUUGCAGGGUAUGCUAAUCUUUGUCCGAAUAUGAUUUCAACCCAAGCACAAGAAUUUGCUGGCAUGCUGUCUACUGUGAAACAUGAAAUCAUUCAUGCACUGGGUUUUUCUGCUGGGCUGUUUGCAUUUUAUCGUGAUGAUGAUGGAAAUCCUUUGACUGCCCCAUCUCAAAAUGGAUUGCCACCCUUUAAUGAAAGCCUUGGUGUAUAUCAAUGGAGCAAUAAAGUAGUAAAUAGCGCUGUGCGGUUAUGGGAUGUACGGGGCAAUAAGAAACUGCUUCACAAUGUAUUCCUUCUGAUAACUCCUAAAGUAGUUGAGGAGGCCCGAAAACACUUUGGAUGUCAAUUUCUAGAGGGGAUGGAACUUGAAAAUCAAGGUGGCAUGGGUACAGAGCUCAAUCAUUGGGAAAAGAGAUUGUUGGAGAAUGAAGCUAUGACUGGAUCACACACUCAGAACAGGGUCUUCUCCCGCAUCACUUUGGCAUUAAUGGAAGACACUGGCUGGUAUAAAGCCAAUUACAACAUGGCAGAAAAGCUUGAUUGGGGCAGAGAUAAAGGCUGUGACUUUGUGAUGAAAAGCUGUAAGUUUUGGAUUGAUCACAAGAGGAGAAGGAAAGAAUUGGUGGAUCCAUAUUGUGACACUCUGCGGACUAAUCCAUUGCAGCUAACCUGUAGACAGGACCAAAGAGCAGUGGCAGUGUGCAAUUUACAGAAAUUCCCACAACAGCUUCCUCAGGAAUAUCAGUAUUUUGACCGUCUUUAUGGGGUACCAUCAGAAGAUUUGCCUUAUUAUGGUGGGUCUGUUGAAAUUGCAGACUUCUGUCCAUUCAGUCAGGAAUUUAGCUGGCACUUAAGUGGUGAAUUUCAGCGAAGUUCAGACUGUAGAAUACUCGAAAAUCAACCAGAUCCUUUCAAAAACUAUGGCGCAGAGAAAUAUGGACCAAAUUCUGUGUGUCUCAUUCAGAAGUCAGCUUUUGUUAUGGAACAAUGCAGAAAGAAACUCAGUUACCCUGACUGGGGCAGUGGCUGUUACCAGGUUUCUUGUUCUCCCCGUGGGCUGACUGUUUGGGUCAAGGAUGAGUCAUAUUUGUGCAGUCGCUCAGGUCAAAUCCUAACAGUGAAUAUUCAGAUGAAUGGAUGGGUACAUAUUGGGAACCUAAUUUGCCCAGCGUGUUCAGACUUCUGUGAUUUCUGCCCACCUGAGCAGGAUCCUCCUCCAGUUGCUAAUUUAACAAGACUCACAUCUAUUGAUUUGUGUUCCUGUUCCCCUAGCCUGGUAGUAACCCUAUGGCUAUUGAUGGCGAACUUGCUUCCACUACUGGCUGGAUUUCUUCUUUGUGCAUGGAGUUAAACUGGGCUCCCAGGUUACCACAUAGACUACGUCUAGAGUACACUCCAUUUGAGUUCUUCUCAAAGGCAGCUAUUCGGAAGAGCAAACACAUCUCCACCUGCCUUGUGGCAAGAAGGCCGGCUGAUCACAGGCAGAAGGUGCUGGAGAAACAGCCUCCAUCCCGAGAGAGGCGAAGUUUACAGCGUCAUCUCAAUAAGUGCCAGUAUUAAAGUUUUGUUUUUACAUUGGUAACAAAUUGUGGGGAACAAAAUCGCCAGUAGUGUUAUGUUGCCACUGGUCUGGAGCACUCUUGAUAGGCAGAAUUCUCUGAAACUGGUAGCAGAAUUUUUGUCAUCCUUAGAGAUAUACCUCAGAGUUUCCUUUAAUUUAAAAGCCAUGAAAAUAAGUCGCCAUCAUUGCUAAUAACUUGAGCCUAGUGUGGCUUUAUGGAUUCUUGCAGAUGUAUCCAAAGAGUUAGCCUUUCGGUACAGCUUUAGGAUGCUUCCAGAACUGUUAUUUGCUUUGUACACUCUGGUGAUUUGAAGAUACAGUGGUACCUCAGGUUAAGUACUUAAUUCAUUCCAGAGGUCCGUUCUUAACCUGAAACUGUUCUUAACUUGAAGCAACACUUUAGCUAAUGGGGCCUCCUGCUGCUGCCGCGCCGCCGGAGCACGAUUUCUGUUCUCAUCCUGAAGCAAAGUUCUUAACCUGAAGCACUAUUUCUAGGUUAGCGGAGUCUGUAACUUGAAGCGUAUGUAACCUGAGGUACCACUGUAUUCUCUUAAGUAUCUGCUGCUCAGAAUAUGGAGGAACUUUUCAAUAGCUGCACAUCAUGCACUUUUGAUAUUCUAAAUAAUGAAAAUAUUUAAUCUCCCCUUAACUUGUUGAAGACCAACCACUAAACUAAAGUAUUAUGCUGUAAUUUCGAUGGACUUAAGCCUUCAGUCCUAAGCAUACUUGCUAGGAAGAUUUGCAUCCUAGCAAGCAUGUUUAGGAUUGAACAUUCUUAAGUAAACUUGUUUUGGGUUAGGUUACUCAUGUUCAGUUUCUUACAAGGUAAUUUGAGGAAAGGAGUAGCCCUCAUUCAUGAAUGUUCAUUUCACUGCAUUGGCCUUCUUCAAAUACUGGUAUACAGCCAGUCCUUAGGGGGGGUUUUCCACACACUUAGGUGAGUAGGCCAGAGGAAGAGUGAAAUCACUGAAUUCAUAAUUAAGUUUGAGGGGGCUUAAAAAAAACACACCACCAAACUGUGAUACUUACAGAUUCCAUACUGACACCUUUGGGGCCAAAAUGUGGGUUUCUAUUAUCAGGGGCCCUAUUCUGGUUUUUGGGUGAAAGAAUUGCUGAGCUCAAUUAUGUUGGGUACAUGAAGACUUUUAAGCUUUCUUUUUUAAAAAAAGUAUGCUGCUUGUGCCACCAGGAAAUUGCUAAAAGUCAGUCAGUGAGCAACUUGUAGAUGAAGAAUCUGUUCCCGUGAGACUGAAAAACCCUCAGGGAUCAUAGUUCUGAUAACUUUCCUUUCUUGCAACUGGCACAAAUUGGUUUUGCCUUGGGACUGGAGGGGUUCACACCUGGUCCUGGCUGAGCAUUCUGAUCCAUUGAAAGCAGUGCUGCACUAGGAGAAGCAAAUGUUUACCUAAAUCUUCCAGUCCUCUCAAAAAGUGUGCAGUGGUAGCUGGCUGAUCAGCAUAGUGAGAUCGGAAACUUGAGUGGAAUCAGGGGAUCUCUUCCAUUAACAAGAAAUGCAGUCUCUUUGAAGAAAGUACAUGGGGAGUGGCU